AUGGCGGGUGGGUGCAGGCGAACUGCCUCAGGGCUGCCGAUCGAGGCCACUUCGUUAGCUAGGUACCGACUUCACAGAAGUCGUGGAGGAAUCGGCAGGUGCUCCUCUCGGGCGACUGGGAGUCGCCUUCGGGACAGCCCGUCCGAUUUCGCAUUCCCACAACCUUCCAAAUGGCCGGUAGGACCACGUGCCGUUCGGCAAGCUGAAGCAGCCGAUCGCAACGCAGGCCGAGAUUCAGCAGGUGGAGAGAGUGAGGAGGAAAGUCCCUGCCGAGGAGAGGGUGUAUCCGCAGUUCCUCUUCACCGCCAACUUGAUCCGGGCCCAGCGAUCCUUUUUCUCCCAGUGACGGAAGAAAGGAGGGCUGCCGAGGCUAAAAGGAUGAACGAGUCCUCCAAGCGCCGUCUCAUGAUGGGCUUCCAGGGGAAGAAGAAGAAGACCCAGCCGCAGGGUUCGGCAUCGGUAGACCCCGAGGACCAGACCUUGGCCGACCGCCUUCGCGAACUCAAUGCUGAAUCGGCACAGGCCGGAGCGGCAGCGGCCGGCCCUUCUCCCCGCCGAGGCGUCGCUACAGAAAGAGCUUCCUCCCGAGCGGCCGGUAAACGGCCCUUCACUGUCGACCUGGAUGCCGAACUGGCCCCAAAACGCGGACGGCAGGCCGAGCCAACUCGGGCUAUCUUCGCUGCCGAAAAUGACGAGGAGCCUGCCGAUCCCGUCACCCUGGCCUGUCCGUUGAAGACGGUCCAGUUCGCGAACUACAUGAUCAUUGGUUCGCAGAUGGAGCUGAGCGAGAUCGAAGAGCUGCCGAAGAAGCUCCUCCGAGAGGAGGCGGGUCGCGCCUUCCGUCUUUAG